CACAUCCGCACGUUCAUCGGGACGUUUCCGAAACUGGGGAUAACGAACUGGGCGGAGGAGAAGAAUGUGUUCAUGACGCCUGAACUGAAAAACCAGUUACCGGAGAACCAUUUCUCGAAGCAGAGAAAGCUUCUCUGCCGGGACCCGGCGGACAUCAACUACUGUGCGGUCGCGGACUUGUUUUACCUCGUGGCGGAAAGGUUGCCG